AUGGCGAUGUCUUCUGCCACGGCUCUAGUAGUCAGAACCCCACCAAAGUCCCCCGCACCUUCCUCUACUCCUCAGUACUCUCCGCGUACUCCUAGAUACCCCCUCAACCCAGACGGCCGGCUUAGUAGUAACUGGGUGACUUUCUCUCUCCCCUCGUCGUCCGGUACUCUCCGCUGCUGCUUUCACUCCUCCCAGCUCUACGCAAUCCACCCGUUGGCAUGUGAGAGGGUGCAAGUCGGGCCUACCCUCAUGCUGCUCUACCCAUCAAGAUCCCUCGCCUUUUCCUCACUCUCCGCGCUACUGUCGCUCCGCUCCUGGCAGUUCCCGCGCGGGCUCCUCGCGCUAACCACCACCCGCCAGCCCUUCUCCUCCGCAGCCUCCGCCGCUUCCGCGGGUCGCUCUCCGGAAACCUGGCUCCCAGGCUUCGCGCAACGUGCGCCGUCGCCGUUAGCUCAGUCCCUGCCGACUGCUGCGGAGUAUGGCGGAUCAGCUGUCAGCGACGGUCGCGCACUCACCACUAGAGAAAGACGUGGCAGGGCGGACGAUGGAGGCCGCUCAACCCCUUUCGUGGGUCUCGAUUCGUCUCGUGCCAGCUUUCUCGAAGAGAAAGCCCUUGGCGUAACGACCUCCGCUAACGGAGUUCUCAACGUUGUGAGUCGAGAAGACCACCACGAAUCCCUCAACGGCGCGACUAACGAAGCUCCUAGCGAUGCCGACACUUCCCGAGCCGCCGCGGUGGACAUUAACAGGGAGACGCGACCCAUGCGAUUCGACGAGGUAAUCGGGCAGGAUAAAACGGUGGAUCUUUUAAAAGCCGCCGUGGCCGAUAAUCAAGUCGUUUCCGCGUACCUCUUUAAAGGCCCGUAUGGCACGGGGAAAACCUCCGCUGCGCGCAUCCUCGCUUCCGCGCUCCACUGCUCCGCGCGGAAGCCUGGUGACGGGAACCCGUGCGGCGGGAAGUGCGCGAGCUGCCGCGCCGUGGCGGACGGGACGAGCGAAGUCGUGGUGGAGAUCGACGCGGCGAGCAAACGCGGCGUGGCGGUUGCGAGGAAGAUCGUGGACGACGUGAAGAAGACCGCGGAGGGGGAGGCACCGCCGACCACGCCGCCCGCAACGCCGCCCACAACGCCGCCGACAACGGGGGGCACGCGGAUUGUGCACAUUCUUGACGAGUGCCACAUGCUUACGAGAGACGCUUGGGCGACGCUGCUGGAUACGCUGGAAAAGCCGGUUGGCGACCCCGUGUUCAUCCUCGUCACCACCGACCCGGAGCAGGUGCCCGGCAACAUCAAGUCGCGCUGCCAAGAGCUGGAGUUCUUGCCCGUGCACAACGACGUCAUGGUGAAGGACCUGCGGCGAAUCGCGCAGAUGAAGCGGUGGCAGGUCUCUGGUGACGGGCUGCGCGCGAUUGCGGAGGAGGCGGCGGGGUCGAUGCGCGACGCGAAGAAGAUCCUGCAGCAGCUGAGCCUGCUGAAGAAGCGGAUCACGGGGGAUCUGGUGCUCGACCAUUUCGGGCGGUUACCGCAGUGGAAGGCGGGGGCGAUGCUGGUGCACGCGCUGAGCGACGCGCGGCCCAAGGAGGUGGCGGAUUGGGCGGCGGAUCUCGCGGGCAGGGGAGUGGCGUUCACGCAGGUGCUGCGCCAGCUCAGGGAAUCCGCCACUGACGCCCUCACGCGCAAGCACGCUAAUCGGCAGCUCGAUUUCAUCGCCGCUUCAUGGGCGGAGGGGGAGUGGGGGGAGCUGGCACGGAAAGCCACGGCGGAGAUGACCCCCCACCAGCGAUCCCUGUUCACUCAACAGGCCUGCAUCGUUGCUGUCACUGAUACCACUGCCACCGAUACUACUGUCACGCUGAGCUUCCUCCAGGCGUGGAUUGAGAAGCUCAAUGACGGGAGGCGCAAGACAAUCAUUCCAGGCUUCGCUGAAGCCUUCUCAAAGGCCCUUGGGGGCCGCCGGGUGACCAUACAGCUGAUGACCAAAGAGUCAUUGGGGGCUGCUGCUAUGGGAGCACCCAGUGCUGAGGGGACAGCAGCCGCGGCUCCUGCAGUUUCUUCUAUGGCUGGCGCAGUUCCGAAAGGGUCACUGGCUUCUGCUGGGGCCGCACCCAGCGCUGAGGGGGUAGCAGCCGCGGCGGCUGCUGCUGCAACUGCUGCCAUGACUGGCGCAGUUUCGAAGGGGGGGAGAGGCAGAGCGAGGAAGGGUGUCAGUCAGACUGUACCCGAGGAGGAGAGGGCGUUGGUGGUAGCGAGUCCGCAACAAGGCAAAGGCAAGGAAGUUCGGAGGAACGAGCAAGCAGGUGGGGCGAAGGCUGUGCCUGAUCACUUGAUUCAGCCCCCGCCUUUGGUGCAGAGCCACCCCCAGAGCCCUCAGCCUGCCGAUUUGCGGGCAGCUGCCGCCAAGGCUGCUGCUGCAGUAGUAGCUAGAAGAACCAUGUCGGCACGGCCAGCAGUGGACAGGCAAGAGAACCAGAGAAAAGGGGGCCAGCAUGUGUUGCAAGUAGCACCUGCGGCGCCGCCGUCAGUUUUAUCUUCAGGAGCAGCGGGUGCUCAUGGUUCCUAUGAUCGCAGUGACCAUGUGAAAGCUGAGGCAGGUUCCGGGUCGUUAGAAUCAGGUCCGCCGGAGGUAGAGCAUGGCCGUGGUGCUGCUGAUGCUGAUGGCUGGGACUCGAAUGAGGUUUCGAUACAUGAUCCCUCGCAGGUGAAUGCUGAGCCUACAGCUCUCCCUGUGAAUGCUGGCUCAAACGCAGCAUCCAGUGCCAGCAGCAGCAGCAACGAUAUUUCCGCCGAAGCGGUGGGGCACGGAACAGAGUUGCACUUGGUGGAUUCUGGAAUCACAGAGGCAGAUCAGCCAGGAACUCCUGCACCCGAUGAAGAAACAGGAACUGCCAUUCUUGGUGGUGGUGGUGAGGCUGACGGUGAGAUGACAGCGGGGAGUUUGAGCCAUGAAUAUGAGCCAUCGAUCAAUGAUGCGCGGCCAGGGCCUAUCUCUGUCUCAGAAGUCGAGGAGGAGGCUGAUGGCGCUUUUGUGGGGAGCCAAGGGGGUGAUGCAGUUGUGGAGGGCCCUGCAGAUGGCGCUCUUGUGAAUGGGGUUGUGAAUGGUCAUGUGAUGGAGGAUAUGGUGCAUGGUAGUCUGGAAGCUAGUGUGGGACAUGGUAUCAUCGAUGGGGGUCUGCUAGGGGAUGUUGCACAAGGAGAGGAUUUGACCACGGAUGUUGAACGCGCUUCUGAGGCUGUCCCUGUUGUUGCUCCUGCGGCUUUGGUUGACCCUUCUGCUGCUGCUUUGGCAGACAGUGCUGCUGCUGCUUUGGUGGACGGUGCUGCUGCUGCUGCUGCUUCGGCUGACAGUGUUGCUGCUGCUUUGUCGGACGAUCCUGGUGAAGCAGGAGCUUUUGAGCCUGUGGGUGCAGCAGAAUUUGAUGUGGAGGCUGUGGCUGCAACAGAAUCUGAUAUGGAGGCUGUAGGUGCAGCAGAAUCUGAUAUGGAGGCUGUAGGUGCAGCAGAAUCUGUUAUGGAGGCUGUGGGUUCUGCAGGUGCUGAUGUGGGGGUCGUCAGCGCAGCCGAGUCUGAUGUGGAGUCUGUGGGUGCAGCAAAAGCUGAUAUUGAAGUUGCCCCUGCCUCUUCUGCAGGGGCUGAUAUGGAGCCAGCUGCUGAAAGGGCCAAUGCUGUGGCUUCCGUUGACAACUGUAGCACUUCUGCUCAAGCCAUUCCCAGAGUUGCUGCUGCUGAAGUUGACACUGGCAUGGACGCAGCUUAUCCCAUGGAUGGCUGUGUGGGAUUCAGAGGCAACCCUGAUUUUGGCCGGCGAGAAGAAGGUGCUGCUCUUGCUGCUGCUGGCCGGGUGUCCCCCAGCCGUGGUACGCGUCCCAUUGUUGCCACAGCUUCUGCUGGUCGUGGGACCAGUGGCUCAAACGUUGGGGGAAGCACUGGUGGGGUCGGGCGCAUGGCCUUUGCACCGCGUGGCAGGAUUCGGGCGCUUCAGCCCAAGGCUUUGCCAAGUGACCAUGGGGCUCUCAGUAGGACUGAUCCUGGAGCUGAGUCAGGGAGGCCCGUGAAUGAUGUUGAGAGGGAUGGAAGGUUUGAUGAUAUGGAUCCUGUAGAAGCUGCCGCAAUUGCGCUUUGCAAAGCUUUUGGAGGCAGGCUUUAUGUGUUGAGAGAGGACGGCGACAGGGAGGUGGACAAGUAA